CAGCCGACACCGGUUAUCCUGUUGGGGACGGACACCUCGCAGGGCAUCCCCCAGCUCGUCAGCAACAUCAAUGCCUGCCAGGUCAUCGCCGAAGCUGUGCGCACCACCCUGGGGCCUCGGGGCAUGGACAAGCUCAUUGUGGACGAUCGGGGCAAAGCCACUGUCUCCAAUGAUGGUGCCACCAUCCUGAAGCUCCUCGAUGUCGUCCAUCCGGCCGCCAAGACCUUGGUGGACAUCGCCAAAUCUCAAGAUGCGGAGGUUGGUGAUGGUACCACGUCCGUAACUCUGCUCGCCGCCGAGUUCCUGAAACAAGUGAAGCCCUACGUGGAGGAAGGUCUCCAUCCUCAGAUCAUCAUCCGUGCCUUCCGCACAGCGACGCAGCUGGCUGUAAACAAGAUCAAAGACAUCGCUGUGACGGUGAAGAAGGAAGACAAAGACGAGCAGAGAAGCCUCCUGGAGAAGUGUGCGGCCACAGCCCUGAGCUCCAAGCUGAUCUCCCAGAGCAAGGAGUUCUUCUCCAAGAUGGUCGUAGACGCCGUCAUGAUGCUGGAUGACUUGUUACAACUCAAAAUGAUUGGAAUAAAGAAGGUGCAAGGAGGUGCUCUGGAAGACUCGCAGCUGGUGGCCGGAGUUGCCUUCAAGAAGACGUUUUCUUACGCUGGCUUUGAAAUGCAGCCCAAGAAGUAUCAGUCUCCCAAAAUUGCUUUGCUGAACGUGGAGCUGGAGCUCAAAGCUGAGAAGGACAACGCUGAAGUCAGAGUAAACACAGUGGAGGAUUACCAGGCCAUCGUGGAUGCGGAGUGGAACAUCUUGUAUGACAAACUGGACAAAAUCCACAAGUCAGGAGCCAAAGUCGUCCUGUCCAAACUUCCCAUCGGUGACGUGGCUACUCAGUACUUUGCAGACAGGGACAUGUUUUGUGCUGGCCGUGUCCCAGAAGAAGAUCUCAAGCGAACUAUGAUGGCCUGUGGCGGUUCCAUCCAGACGAGUGUCAACGCCCUGUCCGAUGAUGUGCUGGGCCGAUGCGAACUCUUUGAGGAGACUCAGAUUGGAGGAGAGAGGUACAACUUGUUCACAGGCUGCCCGAAGGCAAAGACUUGCACGAUAAUCCUGCGAGGGGGCGCGGAGCAGUUCAUGGAGGAGACAGAGCGGUCCCUGCAUGAUGCCAUCAUGAUAGUCCGGAGAGCAAUCAAGAACGAUUCGGUUGUUGCCGGCGGUGGUGCAAUAGAGAUGGAGCUUUCCAAAUACCUCCGGGACUACUCCAGGACCAUUCCAGGGAAGCAGCAGCUGCUGAUAGGUGCUUACGCAAAAGCCCUCGAGAUCAUUCCCCGCCAGCUCUGUGACAACGCCGGCUUCGAUGCCACCAACAUCCUGAACAAGCUCCGGGCCAAGCACGCCCAGGGCGGCAUGUGGUACGGCGUGGACGUGAACAACGAGGACAUCCUCAUCGUCUCCGUGGACGAAACCAUCAAAAACCCUUGCUCCACCGUGGACGCGGCGGCGCCCAGCGGCCGGAGCCGGGGCCGAGCCAGACCCCACAACCACUGA